AUUGAGCCGAGCAUCAUGGCUACUGAGAACAAAAACAUGGGUGUCGAUGAGUUGGCUACUCCUCAUGAACACAAUGACCAAGAUCACGGCCCCCAGACCCCUGAUCUGCCACAAGGCUGGAUGUACAGACAGCGACGGAUUUUCGGCCUUAACGUCCCCUGGUAUGCGUCGCCUAGAGUUCAGUUGGUGAUGGUCGCGUUCGUGUGUUUCAUGUGCCCGGGUAUGUUCAAUGCGCUCGGUGGAAUGGGAGGUGGUGGAAGGACUGAUGCGACUUUGGCCGACAACAUGAACACUGCUCUCUAUGCUACAUUCGCAGUCUUCGGUAUCUUCGGCGGUACAUUCGUCAACAGGCUCGGAGUCAAAUGGACUCUUGCAUUUGGCGGUACUGGAUACUGCAUCUACGCAAUUAGUCUGCUCGUCUCCCUAUACGCCAAUGUGGAAGGAUUCAAUAUUUUCGCCGGUGUCUGGCUCGGUAUCUGUGCUGGUCUUCUUUGGACCGCACAAGGAACGAUCAUGAUUUCCUACCCGUCCGAGGACAAGAAGGGAACAUACUUCGCCUGGUUCUGGGGUAUCUUUAACAUGGGUGCCGUGAUUGGCAGCUUGAUCCCCCUCGGCCAAAACAUCAACAUCACAACCAACGCCACCGUCUCACCAGGAACAUACAUCGGCUUCAUUGUCCUGAUGGCCAUCGGCGCCGUCCUCGCCCUCUUCCUCUGCAACGCAAACGACAUCGUCCGACCAGACGGCACCCGCGUCAUUCUGAUGAAGAACCCAAGCUGGCAAUCUGAGCUGAUGGGACUCUGGGAGACUCUGCGCUUCGAGCCCUUUGUCAUCCUCCUAUUCCCCAUGUUCUUCUCUUCCAACUGGUUCUAUGUCUACCAGCAGAACGGCAUGAACAGCGCGCACUUCGAUACCCGUACCAAGGCGCUGAACAAUCUGCUCUACUACCUGGCUCAGAUUGUCGCUGCUGCGAUCUGGGGUGUACUCCUCGAUGUCCAGAGCGUGAAGCGCUCUCUCCGAGCAAAGGUGACGUGGGCGAUUCUUUUCGUGCUCACUAUGGCUAUCUGGGGUGGUGGCUAUGCUUAUGAGAAGACCUAUACCAGGGCUACUGUGGGUGCUGCUGACUUCCAGUCGACUGAUUGGACUUCCCAUGGAUACGUUGGUCCAAUGUUCUUGUAUAUCUUUUACGGAUUUUAUGAUGCCGCGUGGCAGGCUAGUAUCUACUGGUUCAUGGGUGCGCUCUCGAACUCGGGCCGUCGUUCUGCGAACUAUGUCGGCUUCUACAAGGGUAUCCAAUCCGUGGGUGCUGCAAUCGUUAAUAACCUCGAUGCACGCAAACUCUCCUACGAGAAAGAGUUUAUCAGCAACUGGGUUCUGCUUGCCGCGUCGCUCGUUGUUGCUGCUCCUGUUAUUUUCUUGAAGAUUCGGGAUCAUGUUGAUGUGGAGGACGAUAUUGCCGGAACUGAUGAGACUCUUGCGGAUGUCUUACCGGCGGAGCAUCCUGAGAAAGUGGGAGCAUGA